CACAUUCUUUUCGGAAGGGUGCUUCGACAGCGCUGUCGAAUACACCCGGUGGUCCACAAUCUGUGUUGGUGUGGCUAAGUGCGGGUUGGAGCUUCGGCAGUGUUCAAAAGCGCUAUAUUUUUGCUGGAGCGGGUGGAGAUCAACACGUCGGUCGUGCUGCUGCAGGUCUCAACAUGAACAGCGUGGAUUUUGCUGUGCUACCUCCUCAUUUUGCUGGUGCUGUCCUUUCCCUCGAAGAAUGGGAAUCCGUCAUGCCAGGGUACACAACGUUCUAUCCUGCCUCAUUUAGAGUGGCCCUCCCGUUUUUGCUGGCAUCGAUCGUGCACCAUCGCACAUGGCUCCAGCACACUCUCGACCAAUCUCACCCUUUGUUUUGCUCCCUUCUGUGGACCUCGGGCCUCAUGACCAAGCUGGUACCACUGGUUCAUCUUGGAUCAAUGCAGAACUCGGCGACGUGCAUUCCCCCCCAUGUUUCGCUCAGUCAGCGGCUGGAAAGAGUUGAGAGUGGCCUCACGAGUAUGACCGCCACCAUCAACAGCUGUCUCUCCACGCUUCCGGAGGCAUUGAGUUCCAGCGUCGCAGCAGCGUUGAGUUCGUCUCCACCUAUUGCUUUGAAUUGGUCCAUGGUGGACGAGCGAAUCACCCAAAUGAUGACAGCCAUCCUCGCCGAGAACAAGCAGUGUCACACCGUUUGCGCAUGUCCCAAUGCUCCCGAAGACGUGGUUCCAGAUCCUCCAGUGCCCGAGACUGGCUUUAGAAUGUGGACAUGGAAUGGAAAAAUUCACAAUGUCCCGCCAGGUUUUGCAUUUCCCAAGUGCAAAACAUGCGACCUAUGAAAUUUGUGGUGGCUCGGCUUCCCAACUGAAGAAAUUGGCCCCAUGCGCACACUCAAGUCAUGGGAUUGCCCAGGUUGGGAGCAGGAAAUUUGUCCAAAGCGCGUUGUGUCGUCAAGACACUAGUCUCCCACUCGCGUCUCGCCAAUCAACGAUUUGAAUGCAUGUCAGCGGCCGAGCUGAAUCUAGCGUUCAAGCUUUGCUUCCUUCAUUCGUGUGUGUGGUUGUACGGGGACAUCACCGCCGAUGAGUGGAGUCGCAGAAACGUCGACGAAAUGAGCUACGUCACAUUGUACGAUGCAAUCAAAGCACGACAAAAGCAGGAUUAAGCCAAUG